AUGCAGCUUCCCUCUCCUGAGAUCAUCGCCUCUUGGCCAGUUCCGAAUUAUGACAGCCCUAUAACGCGAGGGUAUGGAGUUUUAAUCGUUACUUUAAUAUUAUUGCCUCUAGUUCUAUCCAUAAUAUUCAUCAGGCUCUACACUCGACUUGUAAUGUCAAAGACUUUCGGAUUGGAUGACUGGCUCAUACUUGCAGCAAUGCUGCCAUCGACAGCAUUUGCUAUCCUCGCCAUUCUCGCAGAGAAAAAGUUCCACUUCAAUCGACAUAUAUGGGAUGUUCCAUUUAAUCGGGUUACCUUUGGCCUACAAUACGUUAUAAUCACACAAAUCGUUUUCACUCUUGGACAAACUCUCACAAAAUGUUCUAUGUUGGCAUUAUAUUACCGAAUCCUAUCAAGCGGGCGAAGGUUCAAGAUAUUGACUAUUGCGGCUUUCAUUAUAAUCGCCGCUCAAGGCCUUAUAUUCAUCAUCGUUACUAUUUUUCAAUGCCGACCACCCUCUCAUUACUGGCUUAUAACGUUCGCUCCCCAGCCAGAAUGCAUCAAUGAAACUGUUCAUGUCACCGUUGCUGGAACCAUAAAUACUGUGACUGACUGUAUCGUCGUUUUAUUCCCAAUCCCAAAAAUGCUACAAUUGCAGAUCUCACAUCGUCAACGGCUCAUCAUUAUUUUUCUCUUCGGCGCCGGAUUUCUCGUCUGUGUAGCUGGGGCUGUGAGAACAUACUACACUUAUGUAGAGUUGGUUUCACCGGAUAUGACAUGGGACACUUAUUAUGUUUGGAUAAGCAGUACCGUUGAGCUUUAUAUUGGCAUAAUUGGAGCAUCCGUUCCUGCCACGAAACCUUUCUUCACACGUUACAUACCUUUUAUCCUUCCCCGCUCUUUACAUUCCAGCCGAAAUGAGCAUUAUGCCAUCUCCUCAGCGGACAAGGGACCAUUCUCAGGAUCUACAACAGUCGCUACUCCAAAAGGCUCUCGUACCUCACGAAAACUCUCACACGACGAUCUUGAAUUAGGUGAUAUUCAAGAGCGAGAAAACAGAUCAACAAGACGCUCAAGGAAUCUGGAUGCAAUUGAAGAGAUUGGAAGUGAUGCCAGCAUUUCGAGUUUUAUGAGAAUGGCAGCUGAGGGGGAGGGGAGAGGGAGUAGUGAUGAAUGUAAAAGCGACGAAAACGAGAUAGGAAAGAGAGAUAGUGAUACGAGACCAAGAAGUGAAGAUACCUUUCGCUACACGACGAAUUCUAAAGAUGAAUCCAUCGAUGAAGGGGAUUUGAGUAUGGCGGUUCCUUACAAGCCGCGAUAUUCUGUGUAG